AUGCCUGUGCCUAACUCAGAAGCUAACGAAUUCCAAGCUUUGCAAGCCCGCAUCGACGCCGAUGCUAAAGAAAUCGAACAGUGGUGGUCCGAGCCCCGCUGGAACAAGACCAAGAGAACUUACUCCGCAAGAGAGAUCGCCAUCAGACGCGGGACUUUCCCUCCUCUGACUUACCCUUCCUCCGUAAUGGCCAAGAAGGUCUACAAAGUGCUAGAGAAACACCACAAGGAAGGUACCGUGUCCCGUACCUUCGGUGCCCUGGACCCAGUCCAAGUCUCCCAGAUGGCCAAGUUCCUAGACACCAUCUACGUCUCCGGCUGGCAGUGCUCCUCCACCGCUUCCACUUCAAACGAGCCAGGCCCGGACUUGGCUGACUACCCUAUGGACACCGUGCCCAACAAAGUCGAACACUUGUUCAAGGCACAGCAGUUCCACGACAGGAAGCAGUGGGAGAACCGCGCUAAGGCCACCUCACAGGAGGAGCUCGACGCCAUGGGACCCGCCAUCGACUACAUGACCCCCAUCAUCGCCGACGCCGACGCCGGCCACGGUGGCCUCACAGCCGUCUUCAAGCUGACCAAGAUGUUCAUCGAGCGCGGCGCAGCCGGUAUCCACAUGGAGGACCAGACGUCCACCAACAAGAAGUGUGGCCACAUGGCCGGCAGGUGUGUCAUCCCAGUCCAGGAGCACAUCAACAGACUGGUCACCAUCAGAAUGUGCGCGGACAUAAUGCACUCCGAGCUGGUGAUCGUCGCAAGAACCGACUCAGAGGCCGCCACGCUGAUCAGCUCCACCAUCGACACCCGCGACCACUACUUCGUCGUCGGCGCCACGAACCCAGAUAUCGAGCCCUUCGCCGAGUACAUGGACAGGGCCAUCAUGGCCGGCGUCUCCGGUGACGAGCUGCAGAAGCUGGAGGCCGCCUGGAUCGAGAAGGCCGGCCUGAAGCUGUUCCACGAGGCCUUCGCCGACGAGGUCAACAAGUCCUCCGUCUCCAACAAGCAAGAGAUCAUCAAGAAGUUCAACGACAAGGUCGGCCCACUGACCGAGACCUCCCACCGCGAGGCCAAGAAGCUCGCCAAGGAACUGCUCGGCAAGGACAUCUUCUUCGACUGGGACUUGCCAAGAGUCAGAGAGGGCCUGUACCGCUACCGCGGUGGCACCCAGUGCUCCGUGAUGAGAGCCCGUGCCUUCGCUCCAUACGCCGACCUGGUCUGGAUGGAGUCCAACUACCCAGACUUCGAGCAAGCCCGCGAGUUCGCCGAGGGCGUCAAGGCCAAGUACCCAGACCAGUGGCUAGCCUACAACCUGUCCCCAUCCUUCAACUGGCCUAAGGCCAUGUCCGUGGACGAGCAGGCCACUUUCAUCGAGAGACUGGGCCAACUGGGCUACAUCUGGCAGUUCAUCACCUUGGCAGGCCUGCACACCACCGCGCUGGCCAUCCACAAGUUCUCCGAGGACUUCGCCAGGGAAGGCAUGAAGGCGUACGCCCAAAACGUCCAGCAGAUAGAGAUGGACGAAGGCGUCGACGUGCUAAAGCACCAGAAGUGGUCCGGUGCCGAGUACAUCGACGGCCUACUGAAACUAGCACAAGGUGGUGUCAGCGCCACCGCGGCCAUGGGCCAAGGUGUCACAGAGGACCAAUUCAAAUCCAACUUGUAA